AUAAGAGAAGGAGAAGGGCGGCUGGGCAGGAAAAGAAAGAAAUCAGCUGCUUCUCCUCCUCCUCGUCUUAAUUUAUCAUCGCUUGCAGAGAUGAGUCUCUUCGGCUUUGGAAACAGAAAUCUGAAAACCUUCCGGCCCAAGAAAAAUGCUCCUUCUGGAAAUAAGGGUGUUCAGCUCAGAAAGUACAUUGAUGCAACCUUGGGUACUGGAAACAUAAAAGAGGCUGUUCGAUUACCCCCUGGAGAAAAUCUUAAUGAGUGGCUUGCUGUCAACACGAUCGACUUCUUCAAUCAGGCAAACUUUUUGUAUGGCUCUCUCACGGAAUUUUGCACACCUACUACCUGCUCAACAAUGUCAGCAGGGCCAACGGUUGAAUAUAGAUGGGCUGAUGGAGUUAAGAUAAUAAAGCCUAUAGAAGUAUCUGCACCCAAAUAUAUGGAGUAUUUGAUGGAUUGGAUUGAAGCUCAGCUUGAUGAUGAGUCAAUAUUCCCACAAAGGAUUGGCUCACCUUUUCCUCCCAAUUUCCAAGAAAUCAUCAAGACAAUUUUCAAGCGAUUAUUUCGAGUCUAUGCUCAUAUCUACCACUCACAUUUUCAGAAGAUUAUUUUUCUCAAAGAAGAAGCUCAUCUAAAUACCUCUUUCAAGCAUUUUACAUUUUUUACGAGGGAAUUUAAGUUGAUUGACAAACGAGAGCUCGCACCACUCCAUGAUCUCGUAGAAUCAAUAUUACAUGCUUAUUGAUAAACCACUUACAGACACAAGAACAGAUCAACAGCAUCUUCCAUUUUGAAGAAUUUUCAACAAAAUUCCAAAUUCAAGCUGCAAAUGCAAGCAUCCGGUGUUCUUUCAACUGAUCUCCUUUCAUGUUGCAGAUCAAACAUAUUUGUGUACUGAUUCUGUCUGAACCUCACUAACUCUGCUGUAAUGCAAUUUAUUUCUGAUUGGAUGAUGCCUCAUAGCACUGGUUUCAUAGUCUUUUAAGCUGCUAAUGCUUCACUUUUUCUUUGUUCAUGUACAAAGACAGCUUGUUUAUGCAACAGUUGUUGCAUUUAGAUUUUGAGGUCACGUUAUGGUGGGAUAAUAGCAAUUAUAAAUCAGAACAUUUUGCUUUCGGGUAAGCAAAAAAUUUAAGGCUUUGUUUAGGAUA